CGUCCCGCUUCUGCGGAAAACGCGCGUGCGUGUCGCGUAAUUCUGACGCGACGGUGUGUGAUUCCGUUCGACGCGCGUCUCAGCAGCGCGUCAAUAAACUCAAUGGCCGUGACUGAGAAACUGAUCCAGAGCGUUCACGCUUACCCGGUGCUUUAUAACGUGUCGCUGCACGAUUAUCGCAGCGCGGAGCGGCGCGUGAAAGCGUGGAGGGAGGUCGCCGCGUCCGUCGGUCUCUCCGUGGUGGAGUGCAAGCGCAGAUGGAAGACGAUCAGGGACAGAUACAUCCGCGAGAGGAGGCUGUGUCAGCUGCGGAGGGAAGAAGGCGGCCGGCGCCUGCAUUUCUGGCCGCACAGAGAAAGCCUGUCGUUCCUGGACGCUCACGUCAGAAAGAGGAAGCGUCUCGGUGAGCAGCCGGACGACUCUCUGGACGAGUCCAGCGGCGGAGACUCCAAGCCCGGCCUGGACACAGCCACGGAGUUAGAGUCCAAGCGUCCGCUCAAAGCGGCUCCGCUCAACCCGCUGUCCAUCGUCAAACCAGUGACCCAGCUGCUGCUGACCGGUCUGCCUCCGGGACUGAAGCUGCCGCAGCCGCCCGCUCCGGCCGUCACCAGCGACCUCGACGGCAAGACGGAGAAAGACAAGGAGAAGGCCUUCGACGAGGACGAGCUGUUCCUCCUGAGUUACGUCCCUGCCCUCAAAAGACUGACGCCGCAGAAAAGAGCCGCCGUCAAGAUGCAGAUCCAGCAGAUCAUGUUUGACGCAGAGUUCAAAGAGCAGCUCUGACUUCUGCAGCGACUCCGAGAGCUUUCUCUCUGUGUAUACCUCCGUCCGAACGUGCUUUGUGCUGAAAUAAACAGCCUCGGCCUUCGCUGCAGAAGACCCUGUUUUGGAAAAUAUCACACUGCAAGAAAAACUCAGAUACGAGCACCACCGCUCAAGGGUUUUUAAAGAAUCCUCUUCUGCUCACCAAACCUGCAUUUAUUUGCUCCAAAAUACAGCAAAAGCAGUAAUAUUGUGAAAUAUUUUUACUAUUUAAAGUAACUGUUUUCUAUGUGAAUAUCUGUUAAAAUGUAAUGUAUUUCUGUGAUGCAGCUGUAUUUUCAGCAUCAUUACUGCAGUCUUCAGUGUCACAUGAUCUUCAGAAAUCACUCUAAUAUGCUGAUUUGCUGCUUGAGAAACAUUUUUUAUUCCCAGAUCAUGUUUGACGCAGAGUUCAUUCAGCGUUCCUCAAACAUUUCAGCAUCAGAGAGGCGUUGUUUCUGUAUAUAUCUCAGUUUGAAGUGGAUUAUCUUGAAAUAAACAGCCUCAGCUUUCUUUUAGGUUUCAUUUAGUUAUUUAUUGGUGCAAACAACUUUGUUUUGUAAAGGAUCACUAAUUCGGUGCAAACUGCUACAUUUAAUGCAUUUGCCAUUUUAGGCCCAGAUGAAUGUAAAAUAUAUUUGUCCGUGGCUAAAGCUGCAUCUUUUCUUUCAUUGAUUAAUAAAAACAGACUCUUAAAAA